GUUAUCGAUAAAUUUUCAGCUCUAGUGAAAAAGUAUGGAACUAUUCUGGUAUAAAACGUGUAAAACUCUGAAUAUUAUUGUGCCUGGACUUUAUAUCUCGCUAUAUACGCUAGAAACGAAAGCAGAACUAGCCUACAACUGAAAAAACUUUAAAGUGCAAAGGAUCAGUUGCACGACAUACGUAACAUUUCGCCAUUUCACUCCAUAUUACAUUAGUUAAUCGCAGUAAUCAUGGAAAAAUGUGUCUCAAAUUAAGCUGGCCACCAUGCCCCCCAAAGCCAAGUUCAAGAAAAUGGCCAUUCGCAAGGGAUUCCCACCACACCAAGAGCAUAAUUGUGUCUUUAAGUUCAGAUGUCGCCAUUUCACACCCUUAUGGGCGCGCUGUUUGACCCCUUCCUCUUUGUUCUCCGCCUGAUUGCAAACAUGAGUUCCCCCAUCUACGAACAAUAUCGGUGCGGGCCGUCACGUCCCCUCUCUGCUGGAUCCCGCUCCAUGUGGAAGCCAAACAAGGUGCAUAAGGAGGCACCCGAGGUCAAACCGCUCGAGGUCCCCGAGGAUUUGAGGAUCCCAACCCUGCAGCCAGACCCCCUAGAUCCGCUGGCCACAAUGAUGUCCUUCAAGCUAAUGGCCAUGGACGUAGUAACUCAAAUGCAGACCGCCCUGCACAAGUGCGUCAACGCCCAGAGUCCGCCGGGCACCAAAAUGGCGGGAAUUGAGCUGGACGCCUUGCGGCGUUGCGUGCCGUCCUCGUGCUACUUCUUUAUUGACCUGCAUCCGCACCACGGCUUUAAGGAUACCGCGGAGGAGUGCCCCACUAGUCAAGUCUCCAGUGACCGGAAUAACAACGCAGGCAGUUCGGCAGCAUCGACUGCCAAGAGCUCCUUGCAUCGGCAGCGUAGUAUUUCUGAGUGCAGUGAGGACAGCUUCAUUUGCUUCGAGGACGACGCCGAGGAGGAGGAUGAGGAUGUCGAAGACGAAGACGACGACUACGACGAGGAUGAUGACGAUGACGACAGCAGCAGCGUGCAGUUUACAGCAUGCGGCGAGGAUGAGAAUACCGAGGAGCUAAAGGAUUGCCAGUGCAGCGACGACAGCUCGACCCCCGUCAAGAAGGUUCGUUUCAAUAUGAAACCCGAAGUUCACGUAAUGCUCGCCUGGGACUAUGCUUAUCGGGCUGCCAGGAAAAGCGAAUGGCAGGUAAUGGCGCGAGAUCGGGAUCGCUUUCAGCAGCGGAUUCGACGGAUUUCACCCAUUCUGAACGCCGUCCUGACCCCAGUUCAUCGAGAACGUGUCUAUCAGGCUCGAUUCUUGCAUGAGGACUAGCCGGUCCACAUACCUGAUGUAACUUUUGAUGUACAGAUUACAGUUUAGAACGAUUACAACAUUAAAUUAAGCACAAGUUGUUUGCGUGUAUAAAGUUAUCGACUUAGCCACUGCGUUCGUGAUUGAUUUUAUGAAACCAAAAACUGUUUAACCCUGUAAUAUCAAAACCAAGUACACUUUUCUUCGUUUUUAGUUUUAGAGCCCUAAGAAGUUUGAAUUUGUUGAUAACGGGAUUAGCAUAUACCUUAAUGUAACUUUAAAUAAAUUAAGCAUUAGACGUA